AUGGCUCCACUUCAGUUUGGUAUCGUCCUCUACGACUUCCAACUCCUCGAUCGUGACCCUUAUGACUGGCUUCACGCUGCAACCAACACCACCUUCGAGGACUGCCCCAAGCUCGAUGCCAUCCUCCUCGGUGGCCCCGGUCUUGAUUUCUGGGACAACAUCCCGGAGACAUAUGUCAAAUUCUUUCACCAGAAAGCGGAAGAAGUCGAGUAUUUCUUCACCACCUGCACGUGUGGCAUUGUGGCCGGCAAGGCGGGUUUGCUCCGCGGCAGGAGGGCCAAAGGGCCAUUUAUUCCCUGCUCCACAGCCAAUUUCGGACCUUAA